UUUAUUAAUUAAAAAUUGUUCUACGUUAUACAAAAAUGAAGUUAUCUAUGGCUAUCUUGAUCUUUGGCUUAAUCCUGGAAUUAGUGGAAUUUAAUGAAACCUACAAAAUUAAGUCAUAUUAUAGUCCCCACCCGCCACGACGCCCACGAUGGCAUUCGCUUCCAAAGCACCGAAAGCACCAUUAUCAUCCUAAAAGGAUAUCACCGCAAAAGUAUCACCUUUACGAACAAGAACCAGACUACCACAGAUAUUCUUCGUAUCAGGAGGAUAUGUCUGACCACGAAAAACCUUAUGUUAUAGUUAUACAACUUCCUAAAAAUGAGAAAAAGAACUAUUAUUCCUAUCAGCGAAAGCAUGUUACAGAUCCUCUGCAAAAUAAUGAUUAUCUCGACGACGCUGAUGGGUUGAAAGUGUACCAAUUAAAUAACUAAGAAAUUCAAAUUAAAGUCAGCGAUUGAUUGUCGGUUUUUGCAUUAUUGUUUUAAGAUUGACGAGAUUGAGAAGACUCUUCUGAAAUUAUCCUGUCACCUUACAAUAAAUGCAAGGAUAGCGAAGAAAAUUAAAUAAAAAGUAGGAUUUGGCCUUAUGUCUUCACAAUCAGACUACACGUUUUUCAAUGUAGUUUUUAUUUCUAACGUAAUAGUCAACGAACAUAUUGUAAUUGUAAAUAAUAAUAACAUACAAUGUCGUCGUAAUGUUGAUGUGUCGCUGCUGCAGUCUGUCUUGCGCAAUUCCGUUUAUUCUCUUAACACGACGUCGACAAAGAUCACACUCAAACGAAUUCUUUCGUACUUUAGGCUCUUGUCUACGUCGGAAAAUAGAUCAGUCUUGCAAACGAGAGUUUUUUGGUAUUAAAAUUAGUUAUAAAAUUAACUUAACAAAUCUACUAUUAAUAAAACUUUAAAUAUCACUGCAAAUAUCAUUUGGAACUAACAAAGUGAGCAACUCAGUCUUUUUCAAAUUU